AUGGCUCGCAUUGGAAAGAAGGCGCCAGCCUUCAAGGGCCAGGCGGUGCUGCCGAGCGGCGAGAUCGCUGAGAUUUCCCUGGAUGACUACUUGAACAAGGGGAAGUACAUCGUCCUGUUCUUCUACCCGCUGGACUUCACUUUUGUCUGCCCCACAGAGAUCGUGGCUUUCAGUGACCGCAUCAAGGAGUUUGAGGAGAUCAACACCACGGUCAUCGGCGCCAGCGUCGACAGCCACUUCAGCCACCUGGCGUGGGUCAACACCCCGCGCAAGGCGGGCGGCCUCGGCGGCAUCAGCUACCCGCUGCUGGCAGAUCUGACUAAGCAGAUCUCCAAGGAUUACGAGGUCCUCAUAGAGGACGGCCCCGACGCGGGGGUGGCGCUGCGGUGA